GGUGUGAAAAUGUAUGAUACCCAAUCACAACAACGAAUUACUUAUAUAAAACGGCCUCAAAAUAGCCAACGAGCUGAUUUAUAUCGUUGCAACCUUUGCUGGCGUACCGAUACUCAGUUGUUAAUAGGCUGGGCCAAUUACAUUCAAAUAGCUACUGUUAAAGAACAAAAUAUAUCAGGCCAUCCGCCACUCUUUGCUGAAGUUAACAUGAUAUUAAAUACAAAUGAUUAUAUUGUGUGUGGUCUCGCUCCAUUUGGUAAUAUGACAUUAAUAUUAGCUUACCUUAUUGACAUCGUAACAAAUGAGGAUUUAGAUGACUCAGAACAACGUAAACGCCAUCAAGCUAAAUGUCCUGAACUUCGAAUUUUGAAUCAAUCUAAUGAUGAGAUUUCAAUUGAUGCAUUACCACUUCAUGGAUAUGCUCAUUAUCAAGCCAAUGAUUACGUGCUUGAUUAUUUUCCGUCGGAAGAAGACAUGUUUUAUGUUGUUAGUCCAAAAGAUCUUGUAUUGGCGAAGCCACGCGAUUCAGAUGAUCACGUUGGUUGGCUUUUGGAUCGUUUUAGAUAUGAAGAAGCUCUGGCAUCGCUUCAGGAGGCUCUAGCUUGGGGUGGCAGUAAGGUCUAUGACUUAGAUAAAAUUGGAGAGAAAUACUUAAUAUAUCUAAUUAAACAAGAGGAUUAUACAAAAGCUGCUGAAAAUUGUAAAAAAAUUCUUAAAAAAAAUAAAGAAUUAUGGGAAAAAUGGAUUUUUACGUUUUCUGAAUUGAAGCAUUUAAAGGAAAUCGCAACACAUAUACCAUUUCAAGAUCCACAACUCAGUAAUACUGUAUAUGAAAUUGUGUUGGCAUACUUUUUGAAUUAUGACCAUCAGACCUUGUAUGAAACCAUAAGGAGUUGGCCACCGUCAAUUUAUAAUAUUCAAAGUGUUAUUGAGCCUAUUGAAGAUGUUUUGGAAAAAGAACCUGAAAAUAAAACUUUAAUGGAAUGCUUGGCUGAACU